AUGUCGUACGCUGUGGAAUCAAAGAAACGAAAAUUCCACCGGGUCUUGGAAUCUAUUUCCAAACCUCUCGCUCCUGAAAAUGCACCCAAACCCUCGGCGUCAGCGUCAACAUCCACAGCCGCAGGCGCGCCGGACCGUCCGCCAGCCAGUCUCUCGAUCAAAAAGGUCCGUCUGACCGACAACGAUAGUUCCGAUCCAAUCUCUGUGCGAAAUUCCAUAUUAAAGCCUUCCCGUCCCAUAUCUCGAACAUCCUCAUCUUCCUUGACGAAGCGCCCGACCUUUGUUCCUUGGGACCGCGACACCUUCCUCGAGCGACUGGAAACUUUCCGUCGGGUGGACCGAUGGACUUAUAAGCCUACACCGAUCAAUGAAGUGCAAUGGGCUAAGCGUGGCUGGAUUUGUACCGAUUCUAUGCGAGUGAGCUGUGUCAGUGGCUGCGGCGGCUCAGUAGUUGUGAAACUGCCCGAUGAGAUUGACGAGCUGGAUGGAUACGACGCAGACAAAGUCCAGGAGCGCAAAGAAGUUCGUGCGACGCUCGUCGACGAGUAUGCAAAGCGGCUAAGUGAAGCCCAUGGUGAGAACUGCCCAUGGCGCAAUAAAGGUUGUGAUGCUACUAUUCAGCAUCUGCAAUUAGCAAAUACAGACACGGCUAUUGCUAAGCUCCAUGAUCGUUAUGUGAACAUUGUAAAUUUGGGUGAUAAAUUACCAGCCGAAAGCGCUAUUGAAACCCCCGAAGGAUUCGAAAUGGCUGCCCUCAUCAAAAUCUUACCUACGGAGUGGUUCAAGGACUCUGACAAGGCCCCAGAGGCAACUAGCUCCGAAGCAGAACCCAAUGAAGAGGCCGGAACCCCUACACCACAACCCGCAGCAGAGCCAUCGAAGCUCGUGAAUCAAACAGCACUUGCAAUGGCUUUCUUUGGGUGGGAUUCUGUCGCCGAUGGAGCUGCAGGCCUAGUUGGAUGCAAAGCCUGCUUUCGCCGACUGGGUCUAUGGAUGUAUAAGCCCAAGGCAAACGGAGAUGUCACAGUUUAUACAUCUUUGGAUGUUGUUUCAGAGCACAUGGAUUACUGUCCAUGGAUUGAUCCAGUGACACAGAGUGGGACAGGCAAACCGAAUGAAAAGACGGAUGGUUUGCGCAGUGGAUGGCAGGUCGUGGCCGAGGCAUGCAAGGUGAAGCACCGCCGACAACUCCGAUCUGUCGCAUCUACGGGUAUGAUGAAUAGUAGACCCAGCACGCCCCUGGAGGAGUCGAUUCCUAAUGAGGGAAAUGGCGAAAGCCGGAAGUCCACAGACCGCGAGUGGUGGGCCAAGAUCCGACGCAUACGACAAUCCUUAUCGUCCAAAUCUCCAGGCCGGAAAUCUGUUCUGCCCAAAUAA